GCGGCGGAGCUCCCCAAGCCGGGACAGUCACUCACUCUCUGGGCGGUGGGGCCGGGCACAGACAGCGCCGCCAGUCCCCCAACCCCCGCCCGCCUCGCAAGCCCUCGGAAGCUCAGGCUUGCGGCACUGCGCUGGGGGCUCCCCGGCACCCAAGCCUCUUGUCCCCAGCCCGCAGAACCUUCAGGCUCCCCUUAUCCUCGAGAGGCACCAAGAAUUGUCGCAGGGGGACCUCGGGAAAUUCCCUGGACCCCUGUGCCAGGAGGUGCCCGGUGCGCCUGCCCGCCUCCCCACCCCGAGGGCGGUGCCCGGGGGCGCUGCCCCAUGGAGCGGGGAGGCGGGCACCGUCUGCUCCCGGAGCCGUGACCCGAGUCGGAGCUGUGUGUCGCAGCCGCCCCGACCCCCGUGGAUCAUGCGCCGUCACCCCUGGCUCCCUGGUCCCACCGGGCUGUGAGCCCCCCACUCCCGGCCUGUCAAGGCCCGCGCGCCAUGGGCAGCACCCACCCUUGCCCCUGGCUGCGGCUCCGACCUCGGCCCCAGCCGCGGCCCGCGCUUUGCGCGCUCCUGUUCUUCCUACUGCUGCUGGCUGCCGCCGUGCCCAGGUCUGCACCCAACGAUAUUCUGGGCCUCCGACUUCCCCCUGAGCCUGUGCUCAAUGCCAACACAGUGUGCCUGACAUUGCCGGGCCUGAGCAGGCGGCAGAUGGAGGUGUGUGUGCGCCACCCUGAUGUGGCUGCCUCAGCCAUCCAGGGCAUCCAGAUCGCCAUCCAUGAGUGCCAGCACCAGUUCCGGGACCAGCGGUGGAACUGCUCUAGUCUUGAGACUCGUAACAAGAUCCCCUAUGAGAGUCCUAUCUUCAGCAGAGGUUUCCGAGAGAGUGCCUUCGCCUAUGCCAUUGCUGCAGCUGGCGUUGUGCAUGCUGUGUCCAAUGCGUGUGCCCUAGGCAAACUGAGGGCCUGUGGCUGCGAUGCUUCCCGGCGUGGGGAUGAGGAGGCCUUCCGUCGCAAGCUGCACCGCCUGCAGCUGGACGCGCUGCAGCGCGGUAAAGGCCUGAGCCAUGGGGUCCCUGAGCACCCAGCCCUGCCCCCUGCCAGCCCCGGCCUGCAGGACUCCUGGGAGUGGGGCGGCUGCAGCCCCGACGUGGGCUUCGGGGAGCGCUUCUCUAAGGAUUUUCUGGACUCCCGGGAGCCUCACAGAGACAUCCACGCACGCAUGAGGCUCCACAACAACCGAGUUGGGAGGCAGGCGGUGAUGGAGAACAUGCGGCGGAAGUGCAAGUGCCACGGCACGUCAGGCAGCUGCCAGCUCAAGACGUGCUGGCAGGUGACGCCGGAGUUCCGCACCGUGGGGGCGCUGCUGCGCAGCCGCUUCCACCGCGCAACGCUCAUCCGGCCGCACAACCGAAACGGCGGCCAGCUGGAGCCCGGCCCCUCGGGGGCACCGUCACCGGCCCCGGGCGUUCCGGGGCCGCGGCGCCGCACCAGCCCCGCCGACCUCGUCUACUUCGAAAAGUCGCCCGACUUCUGCGAGCGCGAGCCCCGCCUGGAUUCGGCGGGCACCGUGGGCCGCCUGUGCAACAAGAGUAGCGCUGGCCCCGACGGCUGUGGCAGCAUGUGCUGUGGCCGCGGCCACAACAUCCUGCGCCAGACGCGCAGCGAGCGCUGUCACUGCCGCUUCCACUGGUGCUGCUUCGUGGUCUGUGAGGAGUGCCGCAUCACCGAGUGGGUCAGCGUCUGCAAGUGAGCGCAAGGCUCCCGCCUCCCUGAGCCUGGCCCAAUGCGUCAUGCGAUCUUGGCUCCUAGGAGAGGAGGUUGGACGACAUGAUCUUAUAGGGGCCUCCCAGCUCUGAGGGUCGUCACGUCUGCAAUCACGGGACAGUCCAGGCCUGUGUGGACCCCACCACACACUUCUAUGGGCUUCAGGACUGAUUUGCCUCCUGGCCAGCGGCCCCAAAUUCAGUUCAGUUGGGCUAGGGAUUGCCCCACAGUCUAGGGCAAGUGUCAGCCCAGCCGCCCCUGGGUCUGUUUCCUUUCAUCCCUCACCCCUCCCCCUGCAUGGGAGGGAAGGAGUGGAAGCUGAUGAUCAGGGGGAGGAUUAAAAGGAAGAAAUGGACAUAACUGAGCUGGAGUGAUUCUACAGAGGCCUCAGACACCCUUCCCCACCAGCACUCACCCCACAUCACCCAUUUAACAAAUAUUUAUUUUGCACUCUU